AUGAUGGGAGAAAGGUGGGCUUGGGUCCAGCAAUUCAAGAUCCAACCCAGCCAUCGUCCAGCAGCCUCUGCACUGCUGCACUGUGCAGGUGUCACCUUGUUCAACCAUGUGUUUCUUGUGCUGCCAGCAUCAGUGGCCCAGUGGGCAUGGAGGCCACCUGUGGACCUGCCUGACCGGGCUCCGUCCCUGCUGGAGCUGAUUGCUGGGGUGAUAGGCAACCUCCUGCUCUUUGACUUCCAAUACUUCAUUUGGCACCUGCUCCAUCACAGGAUCCGCUGGCUGUAUGUCACUUUCCAUGCCAUCCAUCAUAAAUACUACUCUCCCUUUGCUCUUGCCACUCAGUGUCUCGGCGGCUGGGAGCUGGUCACAGUGGGCUUUUGGACCACUCUGAAUCCUGUGAUCCUGAGAUGCCACCUACUCACCACAUGGACAUUCAUGGUGUUGCAUGUCUACGUUUCUAUAGAGGAUCACUGUGGCUAUGAUUUCCCCUGGUCCACAUCACGUCUGAUACCGUUUGGCAUCUAUGGAGGGCCCAGCAAACACGAUGUGCACCAUCAGAAACCCAACACCAAUUUUGCACCACACUUCAGCCACUGGGAUAAAAUAUUUGGCACGCAUGCUGAUUUCAACUUCUCUACUGCUAUGAAAUAG